UCGCGGUUUUGUACGUGAAGAACGGAAUCUGCUAAAUAAAUUACUCAAGCCAAUUAAGUGUAUUUUAAAAUAAAAUUUUAUACUGUAAUUUAGAAACUAGUACCUAGAAUUAUUUAACAGCAUAUACGUAUGAUGAGUAACAGAAAUGUUGAAUUUUCGAACCAAGAGAACCUGCCAGCCGAGAGGCUAUCACUGUCGGUGUCGGAUUCGGGCGUUAUGCGACAAAUCAAAGCGUUGGACCCAUAUUGGGUGGAAUCAAGAGAGAUGAUAGUGUAUGAGAGCCCUCCGUCGGGCAGCGGGCUAGUUCUUGGUGCUGUUGAUGCGUGGAAAGCUCGGAUGGAGGGGUACUUGGAAGAUCUGAAGUGGCUUCUCAGUUUAGAACAUCACAGGUUUUGGAGCACAGUGCUCUACCACCCCCAGUGCAUGGACUCAUUAGUGUCAUUCCUACAAGAGGCGAGUCCACCGUAUAUGCCGCCGCACGAAAGCAGAGACGUGCAGAAACUGUUCGGGGAGAUACGUAGGCUGAUACUGGUUGUGUUUAGCAGGCUUAUUACUAAUAAGGAGAGUAAGUCCCAGUGGAUAAGCAAAGAAUACAUGGCUGAUCUAAUAUACGACAACUUCGUGUUCACGAUACCUAUACUGUGGGACACGUGUCUAGUGUACGGCGUGGACAACACUAGACACGUGUCAAAAGUGCUGGAGAGCGUGUUCACGCUUCAGCCGCGGUACGAGGGCGACGCGGCGGCCGCUGUCGCUUUUGUCAACGAGGCUUUUAAAUACAUAAUACUACAAGUAAACAAAGACUAUGAUGCUGUAGAACCACCGAACUUGCCCAAGACCUUCGAAGGUUUUGGUGAGAUCAAGCGACCGCCGAACAGUAAGGAACAGGGACCGCUUACAUUUAGUUUAUUGAAGGAUUUAGUUAUACACUUGCUAGAUAUGUCGAUGACGCUAAGGAUAUUUUUGGAAGCGUACCCUAAGGGAGUUAAGAUAUUUAGGAAAACCAAUUUUGUAAAUAGUAUAGUGCAACUCUACGAAUACGGCAUACCGAACCUGUAUGAAAAGCUAAAAGAAGUGGGCGACGAAACCAGCGUCGCGUGUACAGAGGUCGAAGGAUACAUAGACACGGCGAGAGCGGAGCUCAUAGACAUAUUCAGAGAGAUGCUGGCGGUGUAUAAGAACGCUAUAUUGAAUGGAGAAGGCAGUGUGAGCGCCCACGUAGAAGAUUACUUGGCUGUGAUGAUGGAUGGGCUUUCGGAGAGGUUACUUAUAAGCGACUAUCACGCUUGCUACCCUGUUAAUGAGGAUCUGGAGAUGCUGAAGGUGGCUUACCCUGAUAUCGACCCAGUGAAAACGGACUUCAUCCUCCAAGCAAUAUACUCCAAUCUCGACGAGCCAAUCCCCGAACCCCUCACUAACGGCCACUCUGACCCCCUAAACCCCCCCUCAACAGGGUCUAACCCCCCACUGACUACAGAUGAAAUACCCAUAGAUAUAAGACAGGAGUCUCUUAUCAGUGAAGUAAGGGAUAUUCUGCCUCAUUUGGGCGAUGGGUUCAUAUUGAAAUGUUUGGAGUAUUAUGGGUUCAAUUCAGAGAGGGUGAUCAAUAGUAUAUUGGAAGACACGCUGGAUGCUUCGUUAAGAGGCCUAGACCAAUCCCUCCCAAUAAUCCCAAAAGACCCUCUCGACGAGAAGUUCCUAGAAACAGGCGUGCAACGGCUCAACGUGUUCGACGGAGACCAGUUCGACAUUAUGACGCGAGACGACGUCGACCUCACUAAGAUACACGUGGGGAAAAAGAAGGAUAAACAUAGAAAUAUACAGCAACUGCUGGAUGAUAAGAGCGAUGUUCGACAGAGGGUGGAUAUCUAUAGCAAAUACAAUCUGGUUUGCGACGAGCAAGCCAUGUAUAGCGAUGAGUACGACGACACAUACGAUUCAGAAGGAGUUACCCCCGCCCCAGCCGACCCUACCGAUGAACGUCGACCGUUUGUCACACCGAGGGCUCUACAGACACAGCGAAAUGAACUAGAAGAGAGUUCAUCCGAAGACGAACCAGAACCGACGCCAGCGCCAUCUACCCACAACAACCGUAACCGAAUGGACUUCUGUCAGAACCCUGAAGAGAUCCGCGCGAGGCGAGAGGCCAACUACCAGGCUAGGAGAGGCCGCGGAGGUCAUCGACCCCCACCACCGUCUAACAAGGACGUGGUGGGCAAGCCCCGCGGCCAAGGGCAAGACAAAGAAGUACUCGCCAACCGAGAUCGCAAGGAGAAGCACAAAGGCUCGCGCGGCAACCAUUCUAGAAGACAGGGCUCACAGUGGAAACGCAGUCAGGGCAUGAUGCCCUCAUAACAGUUUUAGGUCUGUUCAGUACCGAUAGCAUGGUUGCGCGAUAAACG